GAUGCGCCGCCCGAGCGCCAGACGCGGAGCUGGGAAAAGAGAGGCAGCGGAGGCGGAGGCAGGACCAGAGCCGCAGCCGCCGCGCGCGCAGGGACAGACAGACAGACUGACCGACCGAGCGGCUGGCGGGGCCGAGCCACGCAGAACCGGCGCAGCGAGCUCUGCCUGCGCCCGAGCCCGGUCCCAGUUAACCCGGGUGCGAAAGCAGCCGCUCGUGACGCUCCCCUCGGCCUCCGACGGGGGCCGGCCCUUUUGAAGGCGCCUUCUCCAGCGGCGGGACCGGGCGGCCCACCAUGACCGAGAACUCCACGUCGGCCCCUGCGGCCAAGCCCAAGCGGGCCAAGGCCUCCAAGAAGUCCACGGACCACCCCAAGUACUCGGACAUGAUCGUGGCCGCCAUCCAGGCGGAGAAGAACCGCGCCGGCUCCUCGCGCCAGUCCAUCCAGAAGUACAUCAAGAGCCACUACAAGGUGGGCGAGAACGCCGACUCGCAGAUCAAGUUGUCCAUCAAGCGCCUGGUGACCACCGGGGUCCUCAAGCAGACCAAAGGCGUGGGCGCCUCGGGCUCCUUCCGCCUGGCCAGGGGCGACGAGCCCAAGCGGUCGGUGGCCUUCAAGAAGACCAAGAAGGAGGUCAAGAAGGUGGCCACGCCAAAGAAGGCGGCCAAGCCCAAGAAGGCGGCCGCCAAGGCCCCCAGCAAGAAGCCCAAAGCCACCCCGGUCAAGAAGGCCAAGAAGAAGGCGGCCGCCACGCCCAAGAAAGCCAAAAAGCCCAAGACUGUCAAAGCCAAGCCGGUCAAGGCAUCCAAGCCGAAGAAGGCCAAGCCGGUGAAGCCCAAAGCCAAGUCCAGUGCCAAGCGGGCCGGCAAGAAGAAGUGACAAUGAGGCUUUUCUUGGACACUCCUGCCUGCCUGCCUCCUGUUUUCUGUAAAUACUUUCCUCCUUCCUUCUCUCUUAACGCCUCACCUGCACCCCUCGCCCCUUUCUAUAUUCUGACUUUAUGUGAGACAAUUCGGAUUCCUUAGACAUUAGGGAAUAGUUCCUUUUUCCUUAACCAGUCGUGCAAGGACAGCAAAAAACUAUCUCAUCUCUGUAAUGAUGAGAAUGUACUUAUAUUUUGUUCUGUUAAUUUGUUAUUAAUCUACUUAGGGUUUGGGGAGGGUUUGUGUGUUUUGUUUAGGUGGAUGGCUUGUUCGCUAUGAAGGUAAAUGGAGGAUGGGGGGGGGUUGUUUUGGCUAGUUGAGAGGGAGGGAGCCCAGGAAUGGUAAGGUUUGUAGGAAUUAUCUUUGAGACAAAGUGAGUUUUCUUUUAAGUUGAGCGGCCCUUGUGCGUUUCAGGACCUUGUUGGGAAGCAGGGGGUCGGCAGCCGCUGGACACCGGGUUAGGGAGGUGGGAUAAGCCCUCUCCGGCAGACUGCCACCUCCCGGGCUGAGCAGGGGGGUGGGGAUGGGGGUCCAAGUCCAGUUUCCUUCACUUGUGUGAGUCUGUCCCGGGGCUUCCUAUUGUCCUGGGGGGGGGGGGGGGUGACAGCUGGUCUGAGAAGCUGUGGCUUCUCAGCUGGAAACUAGCCAUGGGGGGGGGGGGGGGUCUUUGUGGCUUCGGAAAGCCUGUUGUUCGAUGGAAACUUUGGGGUAAGGGUGGGGAGUCAGUCAGCCAAGUGCCUCAGUGUGCCCUGUCGAAACCUGGGUUUUUCCACACAAUUGGAUUGUGUUCCCGGUGUUUUGGUUCCUCCUGUACCAGAGGUGGCUUGGUGGUCUGGUGAGUCUCCAGCCCUGCCAGCGCCACACACGUCCGACCUCGUUGUUUCCGAGUCUUUUCUAGGUAGUGGGGGGCGGGGGCGGGGAGUGGACAGUAAGACAUACCGCAGUGACUUUGAAUCGCUCAGUAGUUCACAAGCUAGUCCGUGUCUGUGUAAAUGUGUACAUACCUCCUUAGGCUAGCGCUUAGGUCCACCGGGAGCGGGAGAAAAAACCUGUACAGUCUCUCAAAAUAGGAAAAGGCGCAGUUCGCGUCCUAUUCCCCCCCCCCACCUUUUGUAAAAAAACAAAACAAAAACCCACAAGUGUUAUUUGUGCCGGGAAGAAUUGCUGUCUUUGUAAUUUUGAAACUUUAAAAUAAAAAUUUGGAAAAGGA